UGGCUCCCUCACCUAGCUUCCCAUGAAGCUGCACAAACAUUCACAGCACUACUAACAACAGCGUUGCAGCGUUGGGAUUUUCUUAAUUUUUGUUUAAGGAGGACCCCGUCCUGAUCCGGCCUUUCCGCGGCCACACGGCGGCGGUGACGGGCGUCGCCUUCAACGCGAACGCGACGGGGCUGGGUGAGUGCGGGGCCGGGCGCCGUUUGCUUUCCGGGCGGGGCAGCCCGCUCCCUCCUCCCUCUUUCCCUCCCGGAGCCGCCGGGCGGUUCCGGGCGCAGGUCCGGGCGCGGAGGCGGGGCGGGCUCCCGCGCCUUCGGGCGGGCUAAGGAGUCUCUGCCCCUUCCUUAAGCGACAACUUUUUGAGCAAACCACAAGGCGGGAGGAGGGGUUUGUCCCGCGGAGAGAGAGGAGGAGGAGGAGGAAGUAAGUGAGGGGAGCGCCGAGGCCGGAGGGGCAGGGGGCUGCUCCGUGCCGCCGCCCCGCUCCCCCGCGGUCCCCCUGGAAUCUACCGGGCCCAGCACGGAGGGCUGGCUGCAAACUCUGCCGGCGGCCCGAGCCCGACGCUGGGAGUGCCUGCAGCCCCCUCCUCCCCGGGGGCGCGGGGAGACCCGGCAGGAGUUCACGGACCCCUCUCUGCUAAGGAGCUGCUUUUAACUCCCUAAGAUGAGGAUCCGUCUGGCGAGAAGAUGGACGUGGGUCCGCAAAAGCUGCGUGUUCCUCGGCUUCUUAAUGAUCGCUUACUUUGUGGUCGAGCUGUCGGUUUCUUCCUUUGGUGCCUCCCUCGCCGGCGAGAGCAUCACUAAAGGGAAAUGGGAGAGGCGCUUUUCUGACAGAGCAGAAGAAGCUGUCGAUUUGGCUCGUCCAGUGUAUGACAAACCCCCACCUGACCCUUACGCUCCAGGAGAAUGGGGUAAACCCUCUCGCCCACAGCUGAGUCCUGAGGAAAAGAAACAGGAAGAAGAGCUGAUAGAGAAAUAUGCAAUAAAUAUUUAUUUAAGUGAUAAAAUUUCUCUCCACCGGCACAUUGAAGAUAAUCGACUGAGUGGUUGUAAAGCUAAAUCUUACAACUACAGAAGACUACCCACCACAUCUGUUAUAAUUGCUUUCUACAAUGAAGCCUGGUCAACACUGCUGCGGACGAUACACAGUGUUCUUGAAACAACACCUUCAGUGCUUCUGAAAGAAAUUAUACUGGUGGAUGACCUGAGCGAUAAAGUGUAUUUGAAGGCUGAACUCGAAAAAUACAUAAGCAGUCUGAAAAGAGUUCGCUUGAUAAGAACCAACAAACGAGAAGGAUUGGUUCGUGCACGCUUGAUUGGCGCUACCUUUGCUACCGGUGAUGUUCUCACAUUCCUAGAUUGUCACUGUGAAUGUGUUUCCGGCUGGCUAGAACCACUGCUCGAAAGGAUUGCUGAGAAUGAGACUGUUAUUGUUUGUCCUGUCAUUGACACCAUUGACUGGAAAACAUUUGAAUACUACAUGCAAACGGCAGAGCCCAUGAUUGGGGGCUUUGACUGGCGGCUGACGUUCCAGUGGCACUCAGUGCCUAAACACGAACGUCUCAGGCGCAGAUCUGAAACCGACCCAAUCAGAUCCCCAACUAUGGCUGGUGGCUUGUUUGCUGUCAGCAAGAAGUAUUUUGAGUACCUGGGAACCUAUGAUACAGGAAUGGAUGUUUGGGGAGGGGAGAACUUAGAAUUAUCAUUUAGGGUUUGGCAGUGUGGCGGCAUGUUGGAGAUUCAUCCGUGCUCCCAUGUGGGCCAUGUGUUUCCAAAGCGUGCGCCCUAUGCUAGACCAAAUUUCCUUCAGAACACGGCACGUGCUGCUGAGGUGUGGAUGGAUGAGUUCAAAGACCACUUCUACAAUAGAAAUCCUUCAGCAAGGAAAGAAAAUUACGGAGACAUUUCUGAAAGAAAGAUUCUUAGAGAGCGUUUGAAAUGCAAGAGUUUUCACUGGUAUUUAAAAAAUGUAUUUGCUGAGUUGCAUGUACCAGAAGAUCGUCCAGGCUGGCACGGUGCUAUCCGCAGCAUGGGAAUACCUACGGAGUGCCUUGACUAUGUCUUACAGGAACAUAAUCCUACAGGGUCUCACCUUUCUCUCUUUGGCUGUCAUGGUCAGGGAGGCAACCAAUUUUUUGAAUAUACGUCAAAUCAGGAGAUUAGAUUUAACUCAGUAACUGAGCUGUGUGCUGAAGUCCCUGAGCGUGAAGAUUUCAUAGGUAUGAGGAGCUGCCCAAAAGAUGGAUCUCCCAUCCCAGAAAUUAUUAUCUGGCACUUCAGAGAAGAUGGGACUAUUUAUCAUCCUCAUUCGGGGAAGUGCCUUACUGCUUAUCGUACGACUGAGGGGCAUGCUGAUGUGCAAAUGAGAACUUGUAAUGCUGGAGAUAAAAAUCAGAUUUGGAAAUUUGAAAAAUAAUCACUGCUGGUAGUGUGAAUUGAAUGGACUGUGAUCUCCAAGCUUUUUACACAUGUGAGCAGAUAGCAAUGUUUGAUUGAGUACCUUGGAAUGUUUUCAGAUGUGUCUGUAGUGAUGAACUGUAUGGAAAGCAAAAGUAAAUAGUGGGGUUUGGUUUCUAAAACAUGGAUUAGAACAUCUAAUACUUUUUACUUUUGUAAAAUUUUGAUCCAUUAUUAAUUUGCUCAGUCUUGAUUGUAGUAAAACAAAACUUUCUGAGUGGACUGAGGAGGGAUUUUUUCCAUCUUAAAAUUAUGCAAUAAUCCUGCAAGAUAAUGUUACAUGUAAACAAAAAAAUUUUACUUCCAGAAUGAAAGUUAGGGUUCUUGCAGUGGUAUUAGCUGACCUAUGUUGCAUUUGCAUUAUAAAAUAUGUAUCUAACAUCCUAAGUAAUGCUACAGUAGCAUUGGAGUAGGUUGAACGGAGGCACAUUGAUUGACGGUACAUGCUAUUAAGGGUACUAUAUUACAUAGAAGAACAGGAAGUUUAUUUACCUAGAAGGGCUUUGGCACUGCUUUGCAAUCUUGUACUUAUUGUAAAAAUCUUACCCCAUGGGGCUUAGUCAGGAGCUCUCAUGCAUUUAGAGGUGAGUGUGGUAGCAGUGGAACCAAGGACAUGCUGGCGAUAUCACAAAUGGAAGAAAUAGGGACGGCUACAAGUAAGAAUUUUGUUUAAAGGCAGUGGAAGGAAGGGAGCCACAAAAUUGC